AUGACCUCAGACCCCCCGCCCUCCUCAGCAGGGGCCUCUCGCGAUGCAGCUCCCGCCAAACCACAGAGAAGCUCGUCGCCAUCGGGCAGCUACUAUGCCUUGAGCGACGACGACGAGGGUGAGUACAACACCAUCACACACACCGAGACGGGACGUGGUGUGAAGCUGCUCUUUUCCAAGAGCAAGGUCUACGUCCACCCAACCCCGUCUGCCAAAGACAACAUCCCAGGCUACAUCGCUCUGCUCCAGCAAAAAGGUCACCGAAAUGGCCGGCCCCUUUCCUCCUCAUCGCUCGAGCCUGGCUCCGUCGCCUCGUCAGAUCUCCUCCUCGCCUGGCUGCCCGAAACAUCGCUGGGCGCUUCCGAAAGCAUCUACGUCAAGGUCGACCUCAGCGACGCCGAGUCGCCCCCCAAGCAAUCCUACCUCGUGCCCCCACCGCCCACCGUCACCGCCCACCAGGGCUCCAUCGGCCACUACGCCUUCGCCAUCCCCGUCAGCGCCAUCUAUUCACUGCUCGUCCGCCCCCCGAGCCUGGGCUGGUGGUACGGCUCCCUGAUCAUCAACUCGAGGGCCGGCGACAGCUUCCCCGCCCUGUUCUUCCACGAUGGCGAAUGCCAGAGCACCAUCCUCAAGAGGAAGCAGCGCGCGCGCGAGAACUUUGAUCCCUUUGGCGACAAGGGCGAGAUGUUCUGGGGUGGCGACGAGGUCCUGCGCUGGCUGCGACGAUAUAUCGACAUUCAACGGUCCGAGGCCGAGCCCAACAUCUACCUCGUCGAGCCGAGCAAGGAAGACAGCGAGGCCUUUGGUGGCAAGCUGACGUCCAGUCAGACACAAAUUGGGCGCAAGGACAGCACCACGGGCAUGAACGUCCAGGGUGCUGCCGGCGCAGGAUCGUCACGGGGCGCAGGACCCGAUGCCCAGAUGGAUCCCUUUGUCAAGUUUGUUAAGGAGACUGGCUGGAACAUUAUGGAAAAGUUCAGCAAGGUCACGACCAUGACACGCCGCGCCGCCCAAGACGCCAUCCAGAACCCCAACGUCCCUCCACAGAUGAGGCGGCUGCUGAGAAACCCGGAGGUGCAAACCAUCCAGGAGGAGUUUGACAGCGCGAGGAUCUACCUGGCUAGGUGGGCCAUGGGCAUUGCCGAACAGAGCGAGCGUGAUCGCCGACAGAGGAUCUGGACCGCGAAGGACGUGCUGGAGCUCGAAGAUACAGACGUCGGCGAGUUUGAGCUGCUGGAUGGUACGAGCGGCCUGUCGAUGGAGGAGCGCAGGAAGCCCGUCACGGCCAAGGAGUGGAGUACCUUUUUCGACGCGCGCACCGGGCGGUUGACCGUGACUGUCGAUGAGGUCAAGGAGCGCAUCUUCCACGGAGGUCUCGAUCCGGACGACGGCGUGCGCAAGGAGGCUUGGCUGUUCCUUCUGGGUGUGUACGACUGGCACAGCACUGCCGAUGAGCGCAAGGUCCAGAUCAACUCGCUCAGGGAUGCCUUUGUCAAGCUCAAGGGAGCCUGGUGGGAGAGGCUCGUGGAUCUCGGCGGUGAAGGAGAGGAGGGCGAGUGGUGGCGCGAGCAGAAGGGCCGUAUCGGUCAGUACACCACAGCGACGCAGAAUCCAACGUUCGUGCUAACAGCCACCACAGAGAAAGACGUUCACCGUACGGACCGCAACGUCCCCAUUUUUGCAGGGGAAGACAUCCCCCAUCCAGACCCUGACUCUCCCUUCGCCGAGGUCGGCACCAACGACGAUGCCAUUGCGUUCUGGGGCUUUCAGCACUUCAUGGACCGCAUGGAGCGCAUCUUUCUCCGCGACCAGUCCGGCAUGCGCAACCAGCUCCUGGCCCUCGACCAUCUCGUCCAGUUCAUGGACCCCAAGCUGUACAAGCACCUCCAGUCUGCCGACAGCACCAACUUUUUCUUCUUCUUCCGCAUGCUGCUCGUGUGGUACAAGCGCGAGUUCGCCUGGAUGGACACGCUGCACCUCUGGGAGGUCCUGUGGACAGACUACCUCAGCAGCAGCUUCCACCUCUUCGUCGCGCUCGCCAUCCUCGAGAAGCACAGGGAUGUCAUCAUGACGCAUCUGCAGCACUUUGACGAGUUCAACGAACUCUCCAACACAAUGGACCUCGACUCGACCCUCAUCCGCGCCGAGGCCCUCUUCCGCCGCUUCAAACGCCUCGUCGAAGCCGUCGACAAGAAGGGCAACUUCCCGCCACCCCGCCUGCACAGCCCCGACGAGGUCAUCCAGAGCCCCGACGCCGCCAGGGUACGGCCCGCCAGCGCCAGCCCGCCAGAGGACGCUUCGACUUCGGCCUCGGCCUCGGCCACACCCUCGACGCCGACUUCUGAGCCGCAAGGUCGAGGUGCUGCCGCGGAAGAACGGUCGCGAACCUCGGCGACGGGCUGCCUGCGGAGAAGAGGAACGUAA